GAGUCGCUCAUAUCUCACCCGGAAUUGUACUUUGCCAAAUACAAUACUUCCGGUCCUAUUACUUUAUUUCAUCACAGCGACUCUUCCCUCCUCUAUUUCCCCAUCAUCCCCCCGCCACUUUCAUCUUCAUUUGCGCUUCUGCAUCCAUCCUCCUUUGCCUCCUGCCUUCUUCUAAGGCAACCCAUAGAUCUCAGUGCCUACCUACCCAUGGCUCAUACUACUUUGGUAGUGACACCCUGACGCGAAGCACAACACGACACGACAUAUACCUAUAGGUAGUCGACUAUCACUAGUGUAGCUACCAACCAACUCGCUCAACCACUUGGGGAUCUCUUUGGCUUCGACCUGUCUCCUUCAGACUCGGUGUUGACUUGACACAGACCUCACGCUAGUAUCUGUCAUCAGUCGUCCGACCUGGAUCCCUUGUUGGACCCUGGACUCAACGCUUGUUUGCGCUGGACCCUGCUAUUGACCUCAGCCUAAUGUAUGCUUUUUGAUUCCUUUGAUUCUUCUGGUUGCUGUAUUUCUACCCUGUGCCCUACCCAGUUCGAUCGCCAGUGUUGGGUCGAGAACCUUGUUGUCCCCUCCAAAGUCGAAUGACCUUUAGCCCUCCAGUCUAUCGACUCGAUCAGAACAUGAUGCACUGCUACAAUAUAACGGCUAACUCGAGGCCCUAGCCGCUCUUGAAUCGCUGUGGCGUCUUUUGUUCAUCUACUCGAUCAUCCCUGGGCUCUCCAUUAUUGCCACUAUCGGUGUUGCUCUGAUAUACAGUACGGCUCGACAUUAUCUAUAUUUAUCGUAUCCGUUCACUCUGAUAGCAAUAUCGGCACUGAGCCCUCACAAUGGACUCCUUUAGCUCUCCACAGGACCAGCGAGGCGGCGCCAAUGUAUCCCCACAGGCGGCUCAACAGCAGAGUUCGAACCUGGCUGCUCUGGGUCAGCAGAGACAUCAGACCACGAACCCGUUUUGGCAAAACUGGGCUGGAGAUGAUCCCUGGAAUCCUCUUGCCUUCGGUGCGCCUAAUGAUGGCCAGACCCGUUCGCAACUUAUUGGAUCUGCCAACUUUCAAACGUCAUAUCAAGACUAUCGGAGCAAACCACUCUUGUCAGAAUGUGAUACCAACCCAGAGGAUUCGGCUUACGGAAGCCGCUUGACUCAUAGCAUUGGUAACCCUUCUGCCUAUGGCGAAGAUAUGGACCCUGAUGUCCAAAAUUUGGAACCUCAAAAUGCGGAUGCGCAGCUUGUCAACAGAAACUUAGAAACCCUUCAACUGCAGUGUCAACCAGCCACCAACGAUGCUCACUUAUAUCAAGACCAAUGGGUCCGACCUCAUCCUCCCGCAAGCGUUGCAACGGCCCCGGUUGGUGGAGAACGACGUUGGAUUUGUGGUGAAUGCCAGAAACGAUGCCGUACACGUUCCGAGCUAAGAAAACACGAAUUAAAACAUUCUCUUCCUUGGCACUGUGACGUUACAGGCUGCUCGCGUGAGAAAGGCUUCACUUCUAAGAACGAUCUUGACAGACAUAAGAGAACUGUACAUAGCGACCGCACUGUUUCUGGUCGCACCUUUGUGUGUAAUAUUGGCAAUUGUGCGAAGAAAAGUAAAGUCUGGCCAAGGGCAGACAACUUCCGGUCACAUUUGCAGAGAAUUCAUGCAAAGACAUAUUCAGCCAAUGACGACCUGUCUGAAUAUGUGCAUCGGUAUGCCUUUUCUCGCCCUUCCUUUUUAGCCUCAUACUUUACCCUGGUACCCAGAGUUAGCUAAUAAACUACAGUCCAGUUCCGUCACAAGAUCUCGAGGGCGUGGGAGGGAGUGCUAUGGCAUAUCUCCAGGCACAAGAACAGUUACCUGGUUUGGCCCAUCCCUCAACAAUUCUGUCCUUCCGUGUGUCGUAUGGUGAACGACGGGCUUCACAACCCCAAUCCGGUGCCAAUAAUCUUCCUCGAGGACCAUCCUCUUUAUCUUUUGAUCGAGAUGCAUCAAGCCUUGCAACAGUACGAGAAGGUGACGAGAACUUCAUUCACCCUGGCAUUAUCCAUGGACGCAGUGCUCUGCCAACGAAUCAAUGGCCGGUAUCCGCUUCCGAGGAGGAUGCGCCGGGUGACGAUGUCACCGCUUCUGAAGCUGAAGAGCCGGACGAUGUUGCACUAGAAACUAUGGACGGCGUGCAGCAAGGUGAAAGGACGACUACAGACGUCUCUCGCAAUAGUGGAGACUCAGGAAGCCAACAGGCUGAUGUCAGAAUGGUUGACGCUGACGAAGCCCAACGAACUCCUAAAGCAAUUCCCCUACACGAAAAAGAAAGUGAAAACCCCUCCGAUGUGAGCCCAGAAUCAGCAUACGAUGACCUUCUUGAUAAAAUACCCAAAGAACUUAUCGCAAGCUAUCUGAAGAAGCGGUUCGCAGGUCUCGGAGAGGAGGCUUCAAAACUAGAUACAGUGAGCAGCAAGAGCCAAACACACCCUCACAAAUGUCAGGAUUGUGACAAAGUAUUUCCUCGUCUGUGCGAGCUGAAGAAGCACCAGAAGAGGCAUUCAAAGCCAUACGGUUGCACCUUUGCCGAUUGUAAAAAGACAUUUGGAAGCAAGAACGAUUGGAAGAGACAUGAAAGCAUUCAGCAUUACCAGCUUGAGACAUGGAUAUGCGAUUGUGCCAAGUCUGAUUCUGCUGAAUCUUGUGGCAAGGUUUGCUACCGCCGUGAGAGCUUCCGGAACCAUCUUUCGAAGGAGCAUGAGAUUACAGAUACUAGCAAGCUCGAAGAGAAAGUUGAAGGUUGUCGAAAGGGUCGUCACUGCGAUGCUCACUUUUGGUGCGGCUUCUGUCAGGAAACUGUUGAGAUUAAAGAGACGGACAACACCUGGGCGAAACGUUGCGAUCACAUCGACGACCAUUUCUCUGGUCGUCGUGUACCCAAGAAAGACAUCAGCGAGUGGAUACAUGAGAAGGAUCACAGGAUUGUCCCCUCGGCCCCCCAGGUAGAUGAGUCUGGAUCCUCAUCUGGAUCAUCCCCAUCUGACCCGAUAUCUCCUCAGAGCACUGUUUCAACAGAAAACAGUGGUGAAGAUCGCCGAGGUCGAAAGAAGGAUAUGUAUAUGUGGACAUGUGUGAGUAGAGCUCCGGCCCAAAUGCCAAUCACAACUAAACUGACUCACUCAAACAGUGUAAUUGUGCUGUUGAAAACAGUUUCAGCAACAACACGUUGUGUUGCGAGUGCAACCAACGUUCGUGCAAGAAUUGUACUUGGCACGCAAUUCCAUCUACAAGCGACAGUUAGCUUAUUAUGUUCAGUGCGUCAAUGUUAUAUUACAAUCGGCGGAUAUUCCCUUUUCUGUUUUUAUGAUGCGAAUGAGAUACCCCCGUCAUGUGGUAGGUUUGAAUAUUUACAAUUUACAAAAGUCAGAGGGUCGUUUUUGCCUGGGAAGCACUUGUAUUUAUAAUAUAAUAAAUUUGAUCUUAUCGUUGCCUUUUGUAGCUUCCAACAAGGCUAGGAUGUGCAGAAAUCAAGAGCAUGUUGAUGCUUCAAUGCGCCCCCCCAGUCAUAGCAAUGCUGUAGGCCCGACGGCGGUUAGGGCAAUUAUAAGCUGUUGGGCAACUUUACUCCUGAUAUAUCAC